AUGAUUGGUAUUGUGCAUGUGUUGCUUUCCCCUUACACAACGGUGGAAUAUAUGCCUGCCCCACCAGGCGUGAAAGGCAACGCGGAAGGCAAGACACCGCAACUUGUCACCACCCUACGGCUACAAUAUUUGUGUCUGUCGACGUUGGGUCAGCGUUUGCUUGUGCCCUACGAUGUCAUGCUUUCUCAUUUGGAGAUACGCGAAAUUCCGCACUCGCUGGUGGAAGAGAUUAUUGCGUACGGCGUCAAGCGCGAGCGCGAGCGAGUCUCUGACACAAGCGAGCAUGGCCAGCAGGAGCCUGAAGUAAAGCGCCGCAAAAUGGAGGAGCCACCGGUUUCCAAUCCUACCUUCACCGAGCCUGAGAAGGCUAGCCUAUCUGCGCGGUCCCCACGUUCAAUCACCAGUCAUGAAUCCUCACACGACUCUAAUGCACCGAGGUUUAUGCUGCCACGCCCAAGGAUGACAGCCUUCCGUUUUAUCGAUGAAUAUGGUUUCCCUUCCCGCAUGGGACACCUCACUACUAGAUUCGCUGACUCGAUGGAUACUAAAAAGGAUACGAACACAUACCAUAUGAGCGAUAAGGACGGCACUUCUGCGAAUGUGUCGAAUCCUUUCCCUUUGGAGCAGACCGAUACCGUGAAUGAGGAGUGGUAG